UAAACAAGAAGAAUGAGGAAGCGUCCGUAAGCGUUUGUUUUGUGUUUGUGUCUCGUAAGGACCCUGUACACGGGUCUGGCUUUGUGUUUCAGUUGUCAGUCCUUAUGAAAUGAUGUCGGUCCCAGUGUGAGCGACACGGUGACAUGCUGACAGAACCACCGAGGAAGAAGAAUGGCGGACGAAGCUCCUUUCCAGUUUUUACAUAACGAAGUGAUACAGUACAUUUCCAAGACAGCUGAAAACGGAGAGACGGAGAAUGGAAGAAAUGUCACCAAACUGGAGAGUAUGGGAUUUAGAGUCGGCCAAGGACUAAUAGAGAGACUCACAAAAGACACAGCUCGGUUCAAAGACGAGCUGGACAUCAUGAAGUUCAUCUGUAAAGACUUUUGGACCUGUGUGUUCAAGAAGCAAAUUGACAACCUUCGAACCAAUCACCAGGGCAUCUACGUUCUCCAGGACAACAAGUUCCGAUUACUGAGUCAGCUGUCAGCUGGUAAACAGUACCUGGAACACGCCCCUAAGUAUCUGGCCUUCACCUGUGGUCUGGUGAGAGGAGCUCUGUCCAACCUGGGAGUAAAGAGCAUUGUGACUGCUGAGGUGUCCGUCAUGCCUGCAUGUAAAUUCCAGGUGAUGAUCCAGAAGCUGUAGCAUCAAGCACAGGCCAAACUCACUCUGCACUCUCUCUCGCCUUCAUACAUCCUUGAGUGCUUGUCUCCCGAAAUGUCUCCCGUCUUCAUCAGACUUCUCUCUACACUUCACAGGUUACAGUGAUGACUGUCAAAGGUUUGUCUAGACUUCACAUUCACAGCUCCAGUUUCUGAUUAACAGCCUUCGGAGGACAAGUGUGUCAUUAUUAUCAUAAGUGGACAAACACUUUCCAACGCCAUGAUGAUUAUUCCUGAGAAUGAUUAUAUAACAUGUUAUUUCUUUUAUAUAAAGUCUAAAUGUGUCUCACUGAAGGAAUGUGUGACUGUAUUGUCAUAAUGGCAGGGCUUUGUUGCCCUCUAGUGGUGCAAGCGUAAACUUUAACUUGUCAGUUUGAAUUUGAUGCACAAUGUAAACUGUUAAUCAAUUAAAAGAUAACUUUUAAGUGGAUAAAUAUAAUAAAAACAUUUAUAAUGAUCAAUAACCUUUUUUUAGAAUUUAUCAUUGACAUGACAUGAAUAUUGCCAGCUAGUUCAUCUAUGAUCAUUAGUGUUUAAAUGCUUUUCAGAAACGUGUUGUGUGUUUAAGCAAAUCAUAAAAUGAUGAAAUAACAAUAUACAGACCAAAUACAUAAACAAAUAAAUAAAGAUGGAGAAAUUGGA